AUGAUACCCUCAGACAAAGGCGCAGACAUUCCUAACACGGAGGACCUGACGCGUUCUACACCGUCCAAUCCCGAGAAUGGUCUCUCUCAAACCCUGAGGCUUGUGCUGCAAGAGCUGAAUCUGUUCUACAGCCGAGACGUGAGCGGACUGUGUCUCCUGUACGACCUCCUCCACUCCCCGUGGCUGCAGGCUCUGCUCAAGGUUUAUGACAGCCUCCAGGAAUUCAAAGGGAAGAAACUGCUUCCAGCCACCUCCCGGGCACAGGCGCUGUCCCACGAGGUGGUGGAGGUGUUACAUGCGGCCCCUGGUUCCCCUGAGACCCAGGAGCUGAGACAGAUCCUCCAGGCUCCGCACUUUGAGGCCUUGCUCCGUGCCCAUGACACUGUGGCUCAGAGAGACUUUGAGCCCCUUCUGCCCCCACUGCCGGACAACAUCCCCGAGGGUGAGGAAGCAAUGAGAAUUGUUUGUUUGGUGAAGAACCAACAGCCCCUGGGAGCCACCAUCAAGCGCCACGAGAUGACCGGGGACCUCCUGGUGGCCAGAGUGAUCCGCGGCGGGCUGGCCGAGAGGAGCGGUUUGCUUUAUGCCGGAGACAAACUGGUGGAAGUGAACGGAGUUGCGGUUGAGGGACUGGACCCUGAGCAAGUGAUCCACAUUCUGGCCAUGUCUCGCGGCACAAUCAUGUUCAAGGUGGUUCCAGUUUCUGACCCGCCUGUCAACAGCCAGAAGAUGGUGUAUGUUCGAGCCAUGACUGAGUACUGGCCCCAGGAGGACCCCACCAUCCCCUGCACGGAGGCCGGGCUGCCUUUCCAGAAGGGGGACAUCCUUCAGGUCGUGGACCAGACUGAUGCGCUGUGGUGGCAGGCCCGGAAGAUCUCAGACCCGGGCACCUGUGCAGGCCUCAUCCCUUCCAGCCACCUUCUAACCAGGAAGCGACGAGAGUUCUGGUGGUCUCAGCCAUACCAGCCCCACACCCACCUCAAAUCACCCACCUACAAGGAGGAGCUCGUUGGCUACGGUCAGAAGUUCUUUAUCGCCGGCUUCCGCCGCAGCAUGCGCCUCUGCCGCAGGAAGUCUCUCCUGCCCGCCCUGUGCCCCGGCCGCUGCCCCAGGGCCCCCUAUGAGGAAGUGGUGAGGCACCAGCGGCACCUCUCCGACACUCACCGCCUCAUCGUGCUCGUGGGGCCUUCUGGUGUUGGAGUGAAUGAACUGAGAAGACAACUCAUUGAAGUUAAUCCUGACCGUUUUCAGAGCGCUGUGCCGCAUACUACUCGUUCCAAAAAGAGUUAUGAAGUAGAUGGACGUGAGUAUCACUAUGUGUCAAAGGAAGCAUUUGAAAGCCUCGUGUGUAGUCACAGGAUGCUCGAGUAUGGAGAGUACAAAGGCCACUUCUAUGGCACCAGCAUGGAUGCUGUUCAAGCCGUCCUCAAUGAAGGGAAGAUCUGUGUCAUGGAUUUAGAGCCUCAGGGCAUUCAAGUGGCUCGAACCCGUGAAUUGAAGCCCUAUGUCAUAUUUAUAAAGCCAUCUAACCUGAGUUCUAUGAAGCAAUCUCGAAAAAAUGCCAAGAUCAUUACAGACUACUUUGUGGACAUGAAAUUCAAGGAUGAAGACCUACAAGAGAUGGAGGAUUUAGCCCAAAAAAUGGAGACUCAGUUUGGCCAGUUUUUUGAUCACGUGAUUGUGAAUGACAUCUUGCAAGAUGCAUGUGCCCAGUUGGUGUCUGCAGUUCAGAAGGCUCAGGAGGAGCCUCAGUGGGUACCAGCAACGUGGGUUUCUUCUGAGACCGGGUCCUAA